CACGCCAUGCGACCAGCCACGGCCAUGGCGGCCGCGGGGUGGUAUCUAGCCGCCGGAGCCAUGGUCACGGCCACCCUGCUGUCCCUGACGGCCGGCACGCCCACGCCGCCGUCGUCCUCCUCCUCCUCGCUGGACUGCGGCACGGUGACGUCGCUGCUCACGGGCUGCGCGGCCUUCGUCAGGCGCGGCCCGGGCGCGGCGCCGCUGCCGGCCCCGGGCACGGCGUGCUGCGACGGGGUGGACGGCCUGUACGCCGUCGCCGCGGACUCGCCGGAAAACUGGCGGUCCGUGUGCCGCUGCAUGGCCGGGCUCGUCCGGCAGAACUGGUCCAACGCGUCCGCCAUCGCGCUGCUGCCGGCGCUCUGCGGCGUCUCGCCGGUGUCCGCCGCCCACGCGGUCACCUACUGCAGCAGGUACAAGGGGAAAAGAAAACUCCUCAGCUCGUUCGUUUCCGAUCGAUGA